AUGAAUCAUGAAUUGUUGCCCAUAUUUGAACCUGUUGAACACUCCAAAUCAUUAACUGAUAUGUGGAGUAAUGCUGGUUCUGCGAACUUUUUGGGAGUAAUGGUCCAGGAGAAUCCUGCCUCUAUAGCAUGGGCUCUUGCCAUGAACUUCAACAACGAUCGUAACAUCCGCGUUGUCCUAGCUCGUCCUCAGCAUCCGGAAGUUUCAAAGCAGCUAGGGCAUGAUGCUAACAACCGUUUCAUGCUGUUCCACCGCGGAGAAUCAACUCCAGUUUGGACCAGCCCAAGCGACGCAAAGUGGACCGACAUCCAAGAAAAAGUUAUGGAAUUUGUUACUCAUGUUGCUGCUCCAGCAAAGGCCGAGAAGACACCCGCUGUUGAACCACAAGCUCCUGCUCCUUCUGCCGAGAUCGACAUGUCACAAUAUAGAGUCGAGUUGGCUGAUAUGAAGAGCACUAUAAGCUACAUGCUUUUCCAGGACUCUUGUGAUAUGUUUAUGAUGUGGUUAGUUUCUAUUGACAAGGAAUCCGCUCUCUUUGUUCAGGAAAUUGCGAGACAGCAGGUGGUUGAAGGUGAAGAUUUGGCUGGGCUCAAGUCGUGGAUCCAUGCAGUCAGUAAGGUGAGUGGAUCUUUUGGAGAGUUUGUGAAGACAGUUUUAUGAAC